AUGACCAAAUCGCAGAUGGAAGGUCCAAGCCCCAUCGGAAUCGGAAUUCCCAUGGCAGCCAUCGCAAAAGGGGCGGCGGAGAAUUAUCGACUAUGCUCAAGGAAGAGAUUGCAUGGUUGCAACGGUAACCUUAAUCUUAGGCAAUUUUUGUCCGUCAAGCAUUUAAACAUGCGAUCAAUGGGUAAAUAG